CUCACCGCGUGCGCCGCACUUCCGGUCCCAGAAUGCCGCGCGCUGCCGCACUUCCUCAGAAUCGGCUCUGCCCCCGGCCGCGCCCCGCCCAGUCGCUGGCUCUGCGAUUCUCGACCGCGGAGCCUGCGGCCUCCAGGCGGGAGGGCGGGUUCUCACCCUCAGCGCCUCCGGUGGACUCUGGCACGACUCCGGCACCCAUGCGCAGAAACGCGGGCCAGCUCUGCGCUCUUCUCCGUGACACGCUGUAAUAACGGCUCCCACCUGGGGAAACGGUGCGGGUGCAGUGCGCUGACAACACACAAAACGUGCGACAGCGGAGACUUCGAAACAAACAGCACACAAAUCAACGACAAGCCAAGGGUCUAGUGGGGAAAACAGAAGAGAAACGGCAGCGAUACAGACAGGCAGUUCGUCAGGAAUCAGACCAUGCUGGGAGGCUGGACAGGCUUCGCUUGAUCCAGCGAGGCCGGAGCAAAAACCCCGUGUCUUUCUCGCUGGGCAGUCCGCAGUCCCUGGCAGCACCAUCCACUUACGGUGCAGCGAGGCGCCACGGAAAACGCACCCGAGCCUCUGCCCAGGGCGUGCGGGGCUGAGCGGAGAGGGUGCACGCCUCCUUCCGGUCUGUGGGGUCCGCGGGCCUGUACGGCCAGACCGGACGGCCAGCGCACGGCGCAAGGCUUAACCCUCCGCAGCACAGCCGGCAGGUGACCGGUCAUCUGAGGCCUGGAGCUCGUCUCGCCUGGGGCGGUACGCGGGGCCCGAGGGCUUCGUGAGGAGGCGACCGGGUGCCGCGACUCCCGAAGGACCGGUGUCUAAGGCUGGAUCCUGGAGGCCUUCUCGGAGUGCGAGAUACCGGGCGGGCGGCGCCGAGAAACAGCGGCUGCAGCCGGACAGGCGCGCGACGCUGAGGGGCCACCGCAGCCCAGCAGCCCUCCAGCAGUCUCGCUCGCUGGUCCUGCGCGCUUCGCGGCCGGCGGCAGUUCGGCGGUCGAGCUGAUGCAGCCGCGGGGCGAGCGCCCGGCCGGCAGGACGCAGAGCCCGGAGCACGGCAGCCCGGGGCCGGGGCCCGAGGCGCCGCCGCCGCAGCCGCCGGCCCCGGAGACAGAGCGAGCGAGGCCCAGGCAGGCCCGGCCUGCAGCCCCCAUGGAGGGUGCCAUGCAGCUACUGAGCCGCGAGGGCCACAGUGUGGCCCACAACUCCAAGCGGCACUACCACGAUGCCUUCGUAGCCAUGAGCCGAAUGCGGCAGCGUGGCCUCCUGUGUGACAUCGUCCUGCAUGUGGCCGCCAAGGAGAUCCGUGCACACAAGGUGGUGCUGGCCUCCUGUAGCCCCUACUUCCACGCCAUGUUCACAAAUGAGAUGAGCGAGAGCCGCCAGACUCAUGUGACACUGCAUGACAUCGACCCUCAGGCCUUGGACCAACUGGUGCAGUUUGCAUAUACCGCUGAGAUUGUGGUGGGCGAGGGCAACGUGCAGACGCUGCUCCCAGCUGCCAGCCUGCUACAGCUGAAUGGCGUCCGGGAUGCCUGCUGCAAGUUCCUGCUGAGUCAGCUGGACCCCUCCAACUGCCUGGGUAUCCGGGGCUUUGCCGACACACACUCGUGCAGCGACCUGCUCAAGGCGGCACACAGGUAUGUGCUGCAGCACUUUGUGGACGUGGCCAAGACGGAGGAGUUCAUGCUGUUGCCACUGAAGCAGGUGCUAGAAUUGGUCUCUAGUGACAGUCUGAACGUGCCUUCAGAAGAAGACGUCUAUCGUGCAGUCCUGAGCUGGGUCAAACAUGAUGUGGACACUCGGAGGCAGCACGUUCCAAGAGGACACCAUGGGGGCAAUGCAGGCAUCUGUCUCAAGAACCCAUCGUACAGGUGGUACGGGCAUCUGAGCCAGGGUCUCGGCCCUGGGGCAAGUGUGCCUGAGGGUCCCCUGACCCUGGCACUCCUGCCCCAGCUGAUGAAGUGUGUGAGGCUGCCCCUGCUGAGCCGCGACUUCCUGCUGGGCCACGUGGAUGCUGAGAGCCUGGUGAGGCAUCACCCCGACUGCAAGGACCUGCUCAUUGAGGCCCUCAAGUUCCACCUGCUGCCCGAGCAGAGGGGUGUGCUGGGCACCAGCCGCACACGGCCCCGGCGCUGUGAGGGUGCCGGUCCUGUGCUCUUUGCCGUGGGUGGUGGGAGCCUUUUUGCCAUCCAUGGGGACUGUGAAGCAUAUGACACUCGAACUGACCGCUGGCAUGUGGUGGCCUCCAUGUCCACACGCCGGGCCCGAGUGGGAGUGGCUGCUGUCGGAAACCGGCUGUAUGCUGUGGGCGGCUAUGAUGGGACCUCAGACCUGGCUACCGUGGAGUCGUAUGACCCCGUGACCAACACGUGGCAGCCUGAGGUGUCUAUGGGCACGAGGCGCAGCUGCCUGGGGGUAGCUGCCCUGCACGGGCUCCUGUACGCAGCUGGCGGCUACGAUGGGGCCUCCUGCCUCAACAGUGCUGAACGCUAUGACCCCCUGACGGGAACAUGGACAUCCAUCGCUGCCAUGAGCACCCGAAGGCGAUAUGUGCGCGUGGCCACACUCGAUGGGAACCUGUAUGCCGUGGGUGGAUACGACAGCUCUUCACACCUGGCCACUGUGGAGAAGUAUGAGCCCCAGGUGAAUGCAUGGACCCCGGUGGCCUCCAUGCUUAGCCGACGCAGCUCUGCAGGCGUGGCGGUGCUGGAGGGUGCCCUGUAUGUGGCCGGGGGUAACGACGGCACCAGCUGCCUCAACUCAGUGGAGAGAUACAGCCCCAAGGCCGGCGCCUGGGAAAGCGUGGCACCCAUGAACAUUCGCAGGAGCACACACGACCUGGUGGCCAUGGAUGGAUGGCUGUAUGCUGUAGGCGGCAAUGACGGCAGCUCCAGCCUCAACUCCAUCGAGAAGUACAACCCAAGGACCAACAAGUGGGUGGCUGCGUCCUGCAUGUUCACGCGGCGCAGCAGUGUGGGUGUGGCCGUGCUGGAGCUGCUCAACUUCCCGCCGCCAUCCUCGCCCACGCUGUCCGUGUCCUCCACCAGCCUCUGACCCACAGCACUGACCACAGAGAGGCCCUGCAGCCUCCCACAUGCCUUAAGCCCCUCGGGUCAACCCCAGCACCUCCCUCUCCACUGCCACGUGUCGGGGACACGUGGACCAGGGACAUCCUGCACCGUUUGUCCACAUCUCUGUGUUCAUUCCUCCGCGUUCCUCUAUGUGUGUGCUGUUUAUUUAUUUACUCACCUAUUUAUUGAUUCAUUAUUUAUUGAUGGAUGACCACUGCUGCAGUUACCAGUUCAUAUGUUUACUCUCAAAGUGUUGGCUCUCCUGUGCACAGGGGACCAAGCUACUCUCCAAGUGUCCUCCCACCACUAGAGGGAGGUCAGUGGCCCAGUCCGGACUCUGUAGACCCUGGGUCAGGUGCACAGCAGCAGCCAGAGUCAGAGUGGGAGCAGGGCAGGGGUUUUCAAACAGAUGCAGACACAUAGCCUGCACUUUGUACACUACCCUUACUCGGCCCAGCCAGGGCUGUCCCCAGGAAGGGCUCAAAGACUCCCUUCCUGUGUCCUGUGUCUGCAGGGUGGUGUCUUUUCUGGAUCUCACAUGGGGCUGGGGCACGUGCACUGAGUCCCUACUCAGCAAUAUGAAACAACUUGAACAAUAAACAUGUUUCUUGGGCUCCCUGAG